AUGUGUCACCAAUGUAUGAACCAGUGCCAGACGCACCGUUCCUUCGACUGGCGUGGUGGUUAUCUUCUUGAAAGUCCGCCUGCGAAUACCCCUAAGACUCCUAAAAAGACCGUUCCUGGAAAUAAGCCUUCGGUCGAGAAGGCGCUUUCAGGCCCCUGUGAGAAAACAGACCCCACUAACGCCAGCCAAAGGGAUAGCCGGAGCCAGCUAUCACAACACAACCGGAGACAAAGACAGCAACAUACCUCUGAACUGGAAGAAGGUCAAAUUGACAACAGCGGAGAAAAGCUCGAUGAACCCUGUACGAACUGUGUUCAAUGUCGACUCCAUGGAGAUCAAGUCCACUUCAAAUGCCCCAACGAAGUACCAGGACGCCGUUCCUGGGGCGCAUUGGAAGACGGAGACGAGAGCGUGCUCUCAACGAAACAGCCUGUCUCGGAUCUAGUAACAAAUAUUACGGCACUUUGCUUUGAGAAACAUACUCGUCGGCAGCACAUCUUUGGUAGAAGGCUCUACCAACGCCUCCUUUUUGAGCAGUCUCAGUGGGAACAUGGCAAACCCCGACUGUCGACUAAAGACCUACAUGAUUUCUUCGUCUUGUUCGAUAAAACCUUCUUCCGAGGAUUGCUGACUAACAGCCAGCGAGUCAAUCUCGAGGUUGUGACCGAAGAUGCCGGCGAGGGGGAAUGGCUUGGGCAUACUGUAGUUUCGGACAAACUUUCAAGCAACACCCAAGCCACUAUCAGAGUCCGAAAGCUUCGUCGGAAGGACUUCAACCCACGCCAUAUACUACAGUGUCUGCUAGAGACACUACUGCAUGAGAUGGUGCAUGCAGUACUGGAAUUAUUUGCAUGCUGCUGCCGUGUAUGUUUCUGCAAACGGAAUCUUCUCGCCACAGUCGGCCUCCGUGGGCAUGGUCCGACCUGGAUAAGGCUAGGGAAAGCUCUUCAAGACACUCUCAAUCGAAACUUGCCCAAUGUGAUGUUCUUUCCAUGGACAAUUUACUGCGCACCGAGCGAGCUUGCUCUGGAGCUGGAUUUGAAGAGGAGGAUUGAAGAGACAGGAGAGUGCGAGGGCAAACUUGACCUACCAUUGCGAGAACAGUUGGAUGAGGACGACAUAGCUCGCCUCAAAGCACUGCGACUAGGUUGA